AUGCUUGCAUUCGCGAUUCUUACAUCGUCGAGUAUCACUCACAGACCACCACCAAGACCAAGGCCACCUCAACGUCAUCCAAGGUAUUACGCAUCAACAGCAGAAACAGAAAAUGACUGGGGUGGUUUUAUCUCACAUGUUGGUGGUGGCGGUCGCAUUUACAAUCAAAGAGCAGAAUCUAAUAGAAUUGGAAUAUAUUACCCAUAA